AUGAUCACUCUUACCUACCAGUCGUUAACUGACUUUUCUGGGUUACCGGCUUUGCGAGAAGCAGUCACUGGCGGUCAUCCAGGGCUUUUAAUAAACAAUGUACCUCAGCUGCCGUCAGGCAUCUAUGUCGAUGCAAAGCAUAACAUUAAACUACACAAGAAGGAUGUUUCGUCACCAGACCAAGCCAUGGAACUGAUGCGGACGCUGCACCACUACUCUCAAGCAAUCUACAAUAACCUCAGUCAUGCCCUUGAACUCCCAUGGGAGAAGUAUCUCAGUGAGAUGCAUGAGUUCGCCGCACCAAGCAGUGAUGUGCUGCAGACAGUAGAUGCUGAGGAUCGAAUUCCCAACGAAUGGUCGACGUUGACACUUAUUCUUUCUUCAAGUCACCCUGGCACAGCUCUUGUUCUAUUCGGAACAGCUCUUUCGGUGUUUUCUGAAGGGUUAACCCCUGAGCUGGGCCAUGAAAGUAUCGAUACACAGCUCCUGGCUGGUCUUUCCACUCAGGUCGGAGGAAAGACGGCUGGUGCUCCCAUGUCUCCACUCUCAACUUCUGAGUAUGAAUCGAGGAAGAGAGUCAAGGAAUCAUUGCUCUAUAGAAUUUGCUUGAAAUAG